UGAAGAAGACGACUUACCUGGAAAUCCAGAUUUUGAGCGGGAAAUUCAAAUACUUUUCAGGAAUAUUCGCCGUCAAAGUAAACGAAUGCAACGAGUAAAGAAACCAAUGUCUCUGAGUAAAGAAGGAGAAGGGGGAUAUUCGUUUGAGAAUAUUUACGAUAGGGCUCUACUACCGUUAAACUCUCCUCCUUGUCAUCCUUUUAAAUAUGAUCCUUUUGAUAAAAAUCGAGAAAGAAAACAUGAGAAAACAGAAAACCAAAAUAGAGCAUCUGAAAAAAGAGAUGAGAGAAAGAGACAGGUUUCUCAGAGUAUCAUAAUCUCCGGAGAAUCUGGCUCCGGCAAAUCUGUCCUCGCCCAUUCAAUUCUUAAUGAACUGUUCAGGUUACUCAAAAAUUUUUAAUGUUUAGGUAUAAACAUCCACUAUACAGAGUCACCCACAAAGGAUGAGAAUUUAAUGA